AUGACUUUCGCACCGUUCGCCGUCUCAGAUGGCUGGCCCGUGGGGCCCCCCCUGAGGCCAAGCAUUCUAGGGGGCCCCCUCCUCUGUACCCAACGACAAGGGGGCCCCCCCAUACCCCCUUCUGGAGGCCCUGAAGGGGCUUCAUCGGGAGGCCCCCAAGGGGCCCCCGAUGAACCCCUUCAGGGGGCCCUUGACGCCAGCGCACCAGGGCCCCCCCAAAAGGGUUCAUUGGGGGGCCCUCAGGGGGGCCCUCAGGGGGGCCCCCAGGGGGGCCCCCUUCAUACGAUCCUCUUGGGGGCCCCCAACGGGUCAGCUGUACCCUGUCUACCAUGCCCAAGCGAAGGUUCGCCUCUAGAAGCAGCGGCAGCAGCAACAGCAGCAUCAGCAGCAACAACACCAGCCACCGCAGGAGCAGAUGGAGGGCCCUCCCCAGCGUCCCCCUCAGCAGAUGCAGGAGCUGCUGCAGCAGCAGUAGCAACAGAAGUAGCAGCAGCAGCAACAGCAGAAGAUGAUAUACAAGAAUUAGGGCCCCCUCCUCUAAAGGGGUGGGCCCCUUCCCCUCCCCCUCGUUUGUGGCGUUGGCUCUGUGAUUUCUUAGAGCAGCAAAUAAAGGCGUUGCCUGAACCAGCAGCCUGUAGAGAUGCAGCAGAAAAAGCAGCAGCAGAUGCAGCAGCAGCAGCAGCAACAGCAACGGAUAGUGGAGGGCAAGCAGCACCCAAUGAGGGGCCCCACAUUCCGCAGCACCAGCACGGCCCCCCUUUGUUGAGCGCAGCAGUGGCGUCCUCUAGCGGCUCACCUGCAGCAGCAGCAGCAGCAACGAGUGCAUCUACUGCUGCUGCUGCUGCUGCACCUCGUGAGGGCCCUUCUCUGAGCUUCAGCAGCACAGGCACCACUAGUUCAUAUUUCUCUCGAGCCAGCGGCGGGGAGGGUCUAUGGGGGCCCCUGUGGGCCCCUAAAGGCCUUUGGGGGCCCCUGGGGCCCCUGGGGGCUCCCCCUGGAGGGUUUGCUUUGAGUGCUGAGGCGAGCAGCAGCAGCGGAGCAGCAGGGGAGGGGCCCCUGGGGGCCCCCCAAUCCAAUACGGAGGCCCCCCUAGUUGCUAGCAAGCAGCGGCGCGUAGGAUCAGCUGUUAUGAUUGUGCUGCAGGUAGCUGUCGAUUUGCUGCUGUCUGCUCAGAGACGUUCUCAGCUUCUCUUAGAGGCAGUAGGCUUGGGGGCCCCCCAAAAUGGCAGCAAGGUGGGGGGCCCCCAGCAGCUCGCGCUGCUGGGGGCCCCCUCCAGUGCUGCUGCACUGCCCUCCAGGGGCCCCCCUGCAGCAUCAAACCCCCCUGCGCCCGGCAGCCGCAGUGGGGGGCCCCUUGCAGCAGAGGGGGGCCCCCCCGAGGCCCCCACGUCCCUAGCGUGCAUGCAGCAGCAGCAGCAGCAGCAGCAGCAGCAGCAGCAACUGUUUGCAGGGGAAGCCCACGGAAUUGAUUUGAACAGCAUCUGGUGCUCUACACAACCCGAGCUGCGCCUGUCGCGGCUCUGUCAAGACACGAUGAGGACCCUGCUGCAGCACAUAGAAGAUGAAGGGGCCCCCUUCUCUGGUGGGGGCCCCCAAGGUGCAGCAGCAGCAGCGACAGCAACAGCAGCAACAGACGCUGCAAAGGGUACAGGCGAGCGGGCCCCUGCUGCUGCUGAUGACUCUAACAUCAUGCAGCAGCUGCUGCAUAGGCUCGAGUUAACUCAGCAGCUCUUAGAGCAGCAGCAGCAGCAGCUGGAAGCAGCAUUGGGGGCCUUCAGCCUCGGCCCCACACCAUUUGCUGCUGCUCCUGUUGCUGCUGUUGCUGCUGAAGAAGCAGGUGCUGGAGGAGGCGCAGGGCAGCAACAGCUAGGGGCCCCUCCUUUGACUGAGAUGCUUCAGGCAGGGGGCCCCCCUGUGAGUGUGAUGGGGGCCCCCUUUGCUGCUUCAGUCUACCCUGAAGGGUCUGCACGAGCAGAAGAGAUUAAGCAGCUGAUACGGCAGACGCAGCAAGAAGUGCGGCAGCAGCAGCAGCAGCAGCAGCAAAGCCUAGAUGUCCUCAAGGGCCUCCUAUCAGAGUCGCACGGUCUCCUGCAGCGGCUGGAGGCAGUGCAGCAGCAGCUGCAGCAGAGGGCUUGGCUUACGGGGGUGCAGCUGCGGGGGGGCCCAGCAGCAGAGGGUCCUGCAGCUGUUGCUGCUGCAGCGCUGCAGGAUUGUGAGGGCUUUGUUGCAGACGCCGCAGGGGAAGCAACAACAGCAACAGCAGCAGCAGCCGCAGCAGGAGGUGCAGCACAGUCGCGCGAGGUGCUGCGGCUGCGCAUGCAGCAAGAAGACGAAGUUGUUGCUAUUAAGAUGGGGUAUAGAGAAUUAGAGGAGCAGCUGGGGGCAAUGCAGCAGAGUUUGCUUGCGAUAGCUCGGGCGAAGGAGGAGACCGAAGCAGCAGCAGCAGCAGCAGCAGCAACAACAGCAGCAGGAGCUGCAGCAGCAGAAGCAGCAGAAGAAGAAGAAGAUGAUGAUGAUGAUGAGGGUCUCUUAGAGCAGAUUCCUUCUCUGGGCUGUUCUCCUCGUGCUCAGUUGCAACCAGUGUAUGAAGGCCGUUCGCAUGCAGCAGCAGCAGCAGAGCAGCAGCCUGUGCUGCUGCUGCUCCCCAGCAGCACUCCGCGAAUUGAGAUUAUUCAGAGCCCUUCUUUUCAGCCGUAUGUUAGCUGCAGACGCGGAGACACCGCAGCAGUGCAGAUAUUCACCACUCGCAACCUCAUAAUAGACGAGCAGUUUAACCCGGAACCUGCUGCUGCUGCUGCUGCUGCUGCAGCAGCAGCAGCAGCAGCUGGAGACGGUGAAGCUUCAGGUGUUAAGCCCCGAAUCGUUGUCUUUACAGCUAGAGAUGAACGAGCACUGCACAAGAGCAGCAGCGAGGUAGGCGGCUUGCUGCAGCAGGGGGGAGCAUCGCUCGGCCCUGAUGUCUCCGUUUGGAGACCGUAUAUUUCUAUUGAGUGCACAGACACCUGGGAGCCAGAAGUGUAUAUAGGGCCUUAUAGCAGCAGCGACUGCAGCAGCAGCAGCAUCAACAGCAACAAUAACUGCAGCAGCAGCUGUAGAGGAACAGCAGCAGCAGCUCCCGCAGCACCAGCAGGCCAUAUCGUUAUCUAUGGCAGCGUCAAGCCAACGCUAGAAGAGAGGACCGCCGUCCCUGCAGCAGAAUGUCUUGCUCUGUAA